AUGCAACAACUAUCCAACGACACUGGUUUUUGGCAUUUAAUUGCCGCUCCACCUCCCUCAUCUUUACUCUAUAAUUCAAAUACUUAUGAAUCAAUACCACAUAAUCGUACAACAGGAAGUGAUAUAAAUAAUUUAAUUUUACCUAUCUCAUCUUUAGUAAAUGCUCCAAUACUGGCCGAUGAAACGAGCUCAGCUAAUUAUUGGGCAUUGACAUUAAUAAUUUUUCCUUUAUUUACUAUUGUUGGUAAUGCACUCGUUGUUGUUAGUGUUUAUCGAGAAAAAUCAUUACAUACUGUAACAAAUUAUUUCGUUGUAUCAUUGGCUAUAUCGGAUAUAACUGUAGCGGCUGUUGUCAUGCCAUUUGCUAUUUAUCUUGAAUUCAAUCGUAUUUGGGAACUAUCUGACCGUCUAUGCGACUUUUGGGUUGCUUCUGAUUGUAUGGCGUGUACUGCAUCAAUAUUAAACCUGGUUGCCAUCGCCAUUGAUCGCUACAUAGCAGUAACAAAACCAUUGAAAUAUGCUCGACAUAAAAAUCCUAGACGUGUGGCUGUAAUGAUAGUUAUUGUAUGGUUAACUUCAUUUUUUAUUGCUCUUCCUAUUGUCAGCGGUGCGAAUAAGUCUGAUGUUACUGAUUAUCCGCGUGUUCGUGAACAAUGUGCAUUUUUCAAUAAUAAAUUUCUAAUUUUUUCAUCAUUGGGUUCGUUCUUCAUUCCAUGUAUUAUUAUAUUUGCCAUUUACUAUCGUAUAUUUCUUGUUCUUAUGAGACAAGCAAGAAAAAAUCGUAAACAACUGAGGCCAAAGGCUAUUAUUGAAUCUGCUGCAGCACAGCAUCGUACAAAUGCUGAUCAUCUUAUAACAUCCUAUUAUCAAGAGAGACCAUCGAUUAUCAAUCAGGUAUCAAUAUCAUCACCUCUUGAUUUAAAUGAAACAGUACCGAUAAAAACUUAUAACGCAUUGGAAACUCAACGUAAUAGUUUAAUGCUGAAAUUAUCUACACCUGUUUUAUCGCCGGGAUUAUGCUCUUUAAUAAAUGCAACAUCAUUAACCAAUGAACAAAUAGAAGAUGAAGAACGUGAUGAUGUUGCCUUAUUUGUUCAACAUGAAAAAACCUAUGAGAAUAAUAAAAAUGAAUCUGAGAAUCGCAUUGAAAAUCUCACAUCAAAUAAUAACAAUGCAACAAAUAUUGUUCAUUUUAAAAAAAAUAAUCGUAGUUCACAAACAGAUUAUCAUGAUCAUUGCCCCUAUUCAACUAAACGUGUUAAAACACGUUUAAAAACGAAAAUGAAUUCCGAUGAUUCAGCAAUACCAGAAACAGUUAUAGCAUCAACAAAUAAUGCUCGAGUUGCUAAACGUAAAGCUUAUUCACGUAUGAAAAAAGAACGCAAAGCUACACAAACACUAAUUAUUGUUCUAAUUUGCUUUCUUGUUUGUUGGUUACCAUUCUUUGUGCUCAAUAAUAUAGUUAAUACUUUUGUUAAAUUAUCAAAAAAGUCCAGUUCAUUUCUUGUUAAUGAUUUUAUUCUAUCUUUAUGUGUAUGGUUAGGAUAUAUUAAUUCAUUUUUGAAUCCAAUUAUCUAUACAAUUUUCAAUAUGGAAUUUCGGAAAGCAUUUGCCAAAAUACUUUUCUCGCCAUGUAGAUCUGCAUCAUCGUCUUAA